AGCAUAUGCUGGGUUUUUCACCAGGGUUCUCUCUCUGUUCUUAAAAUCACCGUAAUCACAGGAACAGGCGCGCACACUUAGACUUGUUUUAUAUUGCUGCUGGCUUGACUACAGUGAAACACUUUGUAGUUUGGCGAUUCUCUGUUUUAAAGACAUGAUUAUUUCUCUGGGAUUGACCAUAUGAGUAGGCCUAUGUGUUUUAUUGCACUGUCUAUAUGUCAGUAAGUUAUACUAAUACUUCCUGAUCAGCUGACUCGACGCAACCGGAAGACCGUUUGAAAUCGAAAGUAAAGACAAGUGAAAGACAAAUUGAUCCGCGGACAUUUCACGAACAUGAGCUUCCGUCAGAGAAACAUCGAUAUUUGUGGUCUUUUGUAGUUAAAGGACAUAAUUGUUUUGAUUUAAUUUAUCAUUUGAAGAUGCACCGAAUAAACUGUGUUUUGAUGUCAGUUCUGCUGAUGAUCACCGAUGGUUUGAUUGUAAAAGGUCCCUCUGGUCCUCUGGUUGCUCCUCUGGGAUCUUCAGUGGUUUUGCCCUGUUCUGUUGAUCAACUUUUAUCGGUGGAGGGUCUGGAGGUGGAAUGGAGAAGAAAAGACUCAGACACUUUAGUUCAUCUGUUUCAAGAUGGUGAGAGUCGAGCAGAAUCACAGCACCACGAUUAUCAGGAUAGAGCUCAUUUCUUUACUGAGGAGAUUCAACGUGGAAACUUCUCCCUCCUUCUGGACAAUCUGAGAGCUGAAGAUGAGGGACAAUACACAUGUACAGUUUACAUUCAGCAAGAGUCUGGAAAAACUGUUGUUGAAAUAAAAGUUAAUGAUGUUGAGUGUUUGAGAGUAUCAGGAUCGAGUCGCUCCAUAUCUGCGUCUGUGGGUGAAGACGUCACUCUGAACUGCUCUGUAGACUCUCACAUCACACCUGAAGACUUUGAAGUUUCGUGGAAGAAAACAGAUGAAGAUGAAGAUAUUGUGGUUCUGCUCUACCAAGACCAUAAGGCUUUUCCAGAUUCAGCACAUGAGCGAUACAGAGACAGAGUUGAGUUUUUCACUGCUGAAAUCCCCAAAGGAAACUUCUCUCUCAGACUGAAGAGGGUCAUAACUGAGGAUAAAGGAGUUUACAUGUGUCAUGUGUUUGCUGGAAGACUUUCAGCCAAUACAACUGCAGUACUGGAGCGACUGGGUUUCUCGGUUUUACACAUAUUGAUGCUGAUUCUCUGUAUUGCUGCAUUUGCAUCUGCUCUUCUGCCCUGCUGUUUGAUCUACUGCAGAUGUUGGAUUUGCUCAAAAACUCAGAGUCAAGCAAUUCACUAUAACUGUGGCCAGUUCCUUGCAUGCACCUCAGUUCAAAAAGGGUUGACUGUGAAAGGUCCCACUGGUCAUCUGUCUGUUCUUCUGGGAGGUUCAGUAGUUCUGCCCUGUCAUGUUCAAAAAUCCUUAUUACAGAAAAGACUGAAAGUGGAAUGGAAAAGAACAGACAACAACACUCUGGUUCAUCUGUAUCAGGAUGGUGAGAGCCAAGCAAAAAAACAGCACCAGGAUUAUCAGGGCAGAGCUCAUUUCUUUACUGACGAGAUUAAAGAUGGAAACUUCUCCCUCCGUCUGGACAAUCCAAGAGCUGAAGACGAAGGACUUUACAGAUGUAAAGUUUACAGUGGUCAGGACUGUGUGUUCUCAGCUGAGACAGAUGUGGUACUAAAUUUCAUUAUGAAAAGUCUCUGUGGUGAAGAGAUUGUCAGUCUGGGAGAUUCAGUUGUUUUGCCCUGUCAUGUUGGCAAACACUUUUUAAAGUGUUUGAAGGUGGAAUGGAGAAGAACAGACACAGAGACUCUGGUUUGUCUGUAUCAAGAUGGUCAGAGUCGAGCAGAGGAACAGCACCCGGAUUAUCAGGACAGAGCUCAUUUUAUUACUAACGAGAUUAAAGAUGGAAACUUCUCUCUCCGGCUUAAAAAAGUGAAAGCUGAAGAUGAGGGAAAAUACACCUGUAAAGUUUACAGUCAGCAGCAUUGUGUCUAUUCAGCCAACACAACAUUGGUACUACGGUUUGAUGUUAAAUGUUCUCAUCACACACUUGCUCCUCUGGGAUCUUCGGUGGUUUUGCCGGUUUAUGAAGAUGAACCCUCUACAAUGAAGGGUCUGAGGGUGGAAUGGAGAAGAACAGACUCACAGACUCUGGUUCAUCUGAAUCAAGAUGGUAAGAGUCGAGCAGAAGCUCAGCAGAAGGAUUAUCAGGAUAGAGCUCAUAUGUUUACUGACCAGAUUCAACGUGGAAACUUCUCUCUCCGGCUGGACAAUCUGAGAGCUGAAGAUGAGGGGCGAUACACAUGUACAGUUUACAGUCAGCAGAGAUCUGUGUUUUCAGUUAAGACAAAUUUGGAAAUGAGACUACUAGAAUUAGUCUUCCGUCUUCAGAUGUUUCUUGUCUUCUGUCCAAAUUUGAUCAUGUUUCUUGCUUUUGUCCUCUGGGGUGUUUCUGAAGGGUCUCUGUAUGAAACGAUCUCCUGUUGUUCUCUUUAUUUUCUGAGGCCUCUCAUGUUGCUCUGGACGGCUCCAUAUGUGAAUGAGUUCACAGGCAAGAUUAAAGCAUGGAUUAAAACUUACAGUUUUAGAACAGAAUACAUCGUUUUUUCAGCUGUUUUUUAUGCAGUUCUGUUUAAAGCUGCAUGGGACAAAAGUCUGAAUUAUGGUGGAUUUGAAGGCAUCAUAAUAAUAGUCCUCUUUGUGGUAGUGAUUCUAUUCAACCUUCUCUACAUUAUUUCCUUGUUGGUGAGAUUAUUUAGGAAAUUAAGUCAACGGAUCACUACUAUAUUCAAUGUUCUGGCUGGUAUAACCUUUAAUGUCCUGCCUUCACUACAAUUCAUCCUCCUGUUUUAUGCCUUUGGAUCGACAAAAGGAGGAUUCAUCAUUGUUGCAGUUUUACCAGUGAUUCUCACAGUCGCCAGAUACGAUUGGAACGUUACAUGUGGUAAAAAAAUUGGCUGUUCACCUGUGGUCGUGAGAUCAGCGUAUUUAACGGUCUUGAUACUGGUCAAUGCUGUCAUGGUCUAUUUCUACAUCAUCGCUCUGGAAAAUGAAAAGGAUCGUGUUGGAUGGGCCUGUAUGAUUGCGUUUCUUCAGUUACUCUGGACACUGAUCAACUUUACAUACUCAUUUCGGUCAAUAUGGGCUCUUCUUCGUGUUGGUGCUGUGUAUGUGUUUGGAUCAGUUGGUGUUGUUUUACUGAACUCUGUUGCUCUGAUGACUGAACUGAUCCUCAAAACAGUUAAUGGUGAAGGUGCGAUGGGAGACACGAGGAUCAUCGUCUUCUCCUCUGAAUUCAUCUUCACUUUAUUUCUGAUGAUUUUAAUGGUUUUUGAACCCUGGGUCACACCAUGUCUGCAGUCAUGUCAGGUUAGUAUCAGAAACUAG